AUGUCUCCCACCAAACCGAGCAUCAAAAUCGCCAUCGAUCGAGGUGGCACAUUCACAGAUUGCCUCGGGAUAAUCACUUACCCUUCUACAUCCGACGAGCCUCCAACAUCCAAGUCAAUAAUCAUCAAACUCCUCUCCCAAGACCCAACCAACUACGCCGAUGCACCCAUUGAAGGCAUCCGGCGCAUCCUGUCGCAGGUAUCCAACAAUCCCAUUCCCCGAGAUGCAAAGCUCUCGUUCAACGAUUUUUCAUCCGCGAGUAUUCGCAUGGGCACGACUGUCGCAACGAAUGCGCUGCUAGAGCGCAAAGGUGAGCGCCACGCAUUACUGGUGACAAAAGGCUUCAAGGACGCACUUCGCAUUGGAACCCAGAGCAGACCGAAACUGUUUGCGUUGAACAUUCAGCGUCCGGACGUGCUGUAUGGGGAUGUUGUUGAGGUGGAUGAGAGGGUUACUGUUGAGGGGUAUCAGCAAGAUCCAAACUUCGACAGAGCCGCUUUAGAGCGAGCGUUGGAGAUGGACACUGCUCUAAAACGGGGCGUCAGCGGGGAAGUCAUUCGUGUUCUCUCACCUCUAGACGAAGAAGCAACGAAGCGUGAUUUGGAGACGUUGUAUCACGAGAAAGGAUACCGCUCGCUCGCAGUCUGUCUUGUCCACUCGUACACAUUCCAAGACCACGAACUGGCCAUCGAACGUAUGGCAAGAGAGAUUGGGUUCACGCAGGUUUCGUUGUCCAGUCAACUCCUGCCGAUGAUCAAAAUGACGUCUCGCGGGGCGUCCGCAACGGCCGAUGCAUAUUUGACGCCCGUGAUUCAGCGGUAUAUUCAGGGUUUCAGAGAGGGAUUCGAGGAUGGCUUGGCUGGAGAUAAUGUGAGGUGUGAAUUUAUGCAGAGCGAUGGAGGACUUGCUACCUUUGAGAAAUUCAACGGUCUUCGCGCCGUGCUGUCCGGUCCUGCAGGUGGUGUCGUCGGGUACGCGGGGACUUCGUACGACGAAAAUGACAGAAAGCCUGUUAUAGGAUUCGACAUGGGCGGCACUAGCACCGACGUUUCUCGCUACGACGGCAAACUAGAACACACCUUUGAAAACACCAUCUCCGGCGUGUCCGUCAUGGCGCCACAACUGGACAUCAACACUGUCGCAGCGGGCGGGGGGAGCAUUCUUUUCUGGCGCCAUGGUCUCUUCGUAGUGGGCCCUGAGUCGGCGGGUGCUCACCCGGGACCGGCAUGCUAUAGAAAGGGUGGACCGUUGACAGUAACGGAUGCGAAUCUGUUCCUUGGGCGCUUGCUACCGCAGUAUUUCCCCAAGAUCUUCGGCCCAAAUGAGGACGAAGGCUUGGACGUGGCAAUUGUGAAGAGGAAUUUCGAAGAAUUGGCAGAGCAAAUCAACGCCAAUGCCGGUGCUAAAGAAGGAAAGUCUCCAGAGGAAAUCGCACUCGGAUUUAUCCAGGUCGCAAAUGAGUCUAUGGCGAAGCCUAUUAGGGCUUUGACCGAAGCUCGUGGAUUCGACACAUCGGCUCACAACCUAGCCUGUUUUGGCGGCGCAGGCGGGCAGCAUGCUUGUGAUAUUGCGGCUUCCUUAUCUAUCAAGACUGUGAUCAUUCAUCGAUACUCUUCUAUUCUGUCGGCUUAUGGAAUGGCUCUUGCAGAGGUAGUCCAUGAAGCGCAGGAGCCCGCAUCGGGAGUGUUGAACACAAUCGCAAUGGUCUCCAUCAGUCAGCGAAUUGAGGCUUUGAGAGUCAAGGUAUCCGAGGCUUUAAUCAGUGAUGGUAUCGAUGAAGAUAAGAUCUCUCAUGAGGCCUAUCUCAACCUCCGGUACCAAGGGACGGACAAUACGCUCAUGAUUAUGCAGCCAGAUGACGGGGAUUUCGUCCGCGAGUUCAUCAAAGAGCAUCACCGGGAGUUCUCGUUCAGCUUUCCGGGUCGAGAUAUCCUGGUCGAAGACAUCAGAGUAAGAGGUGCUGGUGCUGCGGCAAAGUCCUCUGCCUCUGAAGCUCCACAAAAAGAGCUGGCCAGUAUAACCACAGCAUCCAUCGACACAGGCAAAGCAGAUGACUCGGCCAUAGUCUAUUUUGCAGGGACAGGCCACGUAAAGACGCCUGUAUUCUUCCUCGACAACCUCCGGCCAGGCAACGUUAUCGAAGGCCCGGCAAUGAUCAUCGACAAGACGCAAACUGUUGUCGUUGAGCCGAACGCCGCCGCAACUAUACUGUCCCGGCAUGUCAUUCUGAAUGUAAAUUCAUCCAACAACCCAGAGAGAGAUGCCGUGGAAGACGUCAAGAACGUCGACCCCAUCAAGCUCUCCAUUUUCGGUCACCGCUUCAUGUCCGUCGCAGACCAGAUGAGCCGCAUGUUCCAGAAGACGUCCGUCUCGACCAACAUCAAGGAGCGACUGGACUUUUCGUGUGCUGUGUUUUCUCCAGAUGGGAAAUUGGUUGCCAAUGCACCAAAUGUGCCGGUGCAUCUGGGAAGUAUGGAAUAUGCUGUCCGAUACCAGCACGAGAAGUACAGAGGAGAUUUGAAGCCCGGUGACCACAUCCUCACGAACCACCCAUUGGCCGGAGGGACGCAUCUCCCUGAUAUCACGAUCGUAACGCCAGUUUGGGACAAAGAUGGGACGCGGAUUAUCUUCUAUGUCGCGUCUCGUGGACAUCACGCCGAGAUUGGCGGCAUAGCCCCCGGCUCAAUGCCGUCCAACAGUAAGAUGCUAUACGAAGAGGGCGCCAUGACAAUGGGGUUCAAGGUCGUUUCACAGGGACGCUUCAACGAGUCCCUAGUCCGCACUUUCCUAUACGACGAGCCGGCUUCGUAUCCGAAAUGCAGCGGCACAAGGACGUACAAUGAUAACGUAUCAGAUCUGAAGGCCGCAAUUGCAGCGAACCACAAGGGUGCGACACUUUUAGAAGCUUUGGUUAACGAAAAUAGCAUCGAGGCCGUCCACCUAUACAUGGACGCCAUUAAAUACACUGCAGAAAUCGCAGUGCGGGACUUACUCAAGUCUAUUGCAGCAGCUCAGGAAAUCCCAGGCACCCCAUUACGGUUCAGCGACUUUAUGGACGAUGGCACCGAGAUCAAGCUUUGCAUCAGGAUUGAUCCAGCUACCGGGUCUGCCGACUUUGAUUUCACAGGCACAGGGACAGAAACGUUCAACUGCCUCAAUGCACCCAAGGCCAUCGCGCACUCGGCGAUCAUCUAUGUCCUCCGCGCCCUCCUUGACACAGAUAUCCCCCUGAACCAAGGCUGUUUGGCACCCGUGAAUGUGAUUAUCCCCGAAGGAACACUGAUUAACCCAUCCGGCCAUGCAGCCGUCUGCGCAGGGAACCCAAUCACAUCCCAGCGUAUCACGGACGUUGUUCUUGGUGCGUUUGGAGCUUGUGCAGCCAGCCAAGGGUGCUGCAAUAUCAUAUCCUUCGGUAUGGGUGGACUAGACAAAGACGGUAACGAGGUCUCUGGGUUUGGGGUCGGCGAAACGAUCUGCGGCGGUUCUGGAGCUGGGCCGUCGUGGCAUGGGACUAGUGGAGUCCACGUACAUAUGACGAACACAAGGAUCACAGAUCCAGAGGUAUAUGAGCUUCGAUAUCCUGUGAUCCUACGUCAGUUCUCGAUCCGGAAUGGUUCGGGAGGAGGCGGGAAAUAUCGAGGUGGAGACGGCGUGAUUCGGGAGUUGGAAUUCAGGAUCCCGUUGAGUGUGUCGAUGCUUAGCGAGCGACGGGUUUAUCGGCCUUAUGGGAUGGCAGGAGGAGAGUCGGGGAAAGCAGGGCUGAACCUGUACGUGAAGAAAGAACAUGACGGCAGCGAAAGGGUGGUGAACAUUGGCGGAAAGAUGGAAUUGGACGUUUGCCCGGGAGAGAGGAUCUUGAUCCAUACACCUGGAGGGGGUGGUUGGGGUGUGGCAGAGAAGGAGGAGAGCGAGCGUGUGUUGGAGCCGAAGGCGACGUCGGGCUUCCAACCAAGAGGGAGUGUCCAUGCGUUUAGCCUGACCGCGGAAGCUGCCCUGUAG